GAGGUGCUUUAGUUUGUAUGUCUUUACCUGUGCGCGUGCUGCGCUAGUGCAAGGCGGAAAGUUUUUGAUUGCGCCAACGAGCGCACCGAAGUUGUCAUUGAAGUGACUCGGGUCACCAACGAUUCACCUGUCACCGAUAACGACUUAAAAAAGAAAAAUCGUGAAUGAUAAGAGCCUCGCGUUCUCAUUUGCUGGAAAGCUCACGAAAUGGCGACGGUGUGUGUUCUUGGCGGUGGAAUCAGUGGCCUCGCCACGGCGUACUACCUUUCCACUCUUGGGAAGGAAGCCGUGAAAAAAAUCUUGCUAAUAGAAAGGAGCGCGCGUCUUGGUGGUUGGAUUCGAUCCACUUCACUACCUGAUGGGACAGUCUACGAACACGGGCCCAGUUCGAUGCGUGCUGGCGGUAACUCUGGACGAAAUGCCUUACAGCUGGCCCAGGACCUAGGAUUGUCUGACCAUGUUCUGGCAGUCCCUAUAUCCUCAUCUGCAGGGCGAGAGCAGAUGGUGCUGAACAAGGGACGCCUCACUCCACUGCCCAGUUCUUUCAAGGAGAUGCUGUGGCCUGGUCAGAUGUUCCGCACGCCCCUGCUUCUGCCUCUUCUGAAGGAGCUGUUCGUUGCCGGCCGCCCUAGUAUAGGCAGUGACGAGAGUAUUCACGACUUCAUGCGGAAGCGCUUUAACAAAGAAGUUGCCGACUACAUUAUGGAUCCUGUGACGCGCAGUAUGUGUGCUGGCUGCUCAAAGGAAAUCAGCUUCCGGUCGCUGCUGCCCAAUGCCUUUGAGGGUGCCAUGUUGCACGGCUCCUUAAUCAAGGCUCAGGUGCAACAGGCCAAUCAGGCCAAGCAUACUGUCAACAUGCUCAAAAUGGAGGAGGGUGGUGCCGAAAGCUUGGCCGCCCGCUCCAUAGAAUGGUCCAGGUGGAGCCUGCGCCGUGGCCUGCAGCAGCUGGUUGACACCCUUGCCGAAAAGCUGGACGCAGCUCCAAACGUACAAGUGUACGUCAACGAGGCCAACGUGUCGCUAAAGCCGAGUUCAGACGGAAAGAUCCUGGUGUCAUUUGCAGAGCUAGCAAAGCCUGUGGACUACGUCUUCAGCUGCAUUCCAGCACGAAAGCUGUCCCAGCUAUUGAUUCAUGAUUGGCCGGAGCUUGCUCAAUCUCUGCUGUCUAUACCAUCUGUCCACUUGGCAUCUGUCAACUUGGAGUUCAAGGGUCAGGUGCUUCCCCAUGAGUGCUCAGGAAUCAUGGUUCCUUCAUUUGAGGUUCCUCACUUGCUCAACAUCAACUUUGACUCCUGUUGUUUCCCCGAGCACGACGGGCAGUAUGACACGAAGACACGCAUCACUGUCUUAAUGGGUGGCCGCUGGUUUAAGCAAGCUUUUGGGGAAGUGGACAGUGCUGACCCUGAUGCCAUAUUGGAAGCUGCUAAGGAUGCUGCUAGGACAUACCUUCACAUUGAUGAUCCACCUGUGAAACACCACGUGAACUUGCUCAAGGAAUGUGUCCCGCAGUACUUGGUCGGCCACCUUGAGCGCAUGUCGAAUAUUUGUGAGUUUAUCAGCAACCACAAGGUGCCUUUGACCCUGCUUGGAGCAUCGUACAGAGGUCCAUCUGCCAACGAGUGCAUCUACCAUGCAAAGCAAGCUGUUGAGGGGUAUCUAGAAACCCUGAGAGCAUAGUUGACCUUUGUAACAUGUUCUAGUAGGUUGACCGUAACCGACGCAGCAGCGUGUUUUGUCUGCUCCACUUUUUGGCAGAGAGCUGAAAUGUUAGUAUCACCUACGGUGUAUUUAAUGGGGUAUUAUACAAAAGCUGUACAGUGUGGGUCGCACAUAUUUUUAACCUGGUGGAGCCUACUAGUUUAUCAAAGAAGUGGAAAAACCAGCAUUUUUCUUCCAGGUCUUCCCUCUAGCACCUAUGUGCCUGAUAUGUGCACGAGUCAAAAUGUGCAGUGACUCAGUAGUUUAAUUGAACUGGCUAGUUGUGGGGUCACAGUAUAACCUAACAGUGAAUGGUCAGUUUGAUGAAAAGGUGACUCACAUCUGUCUCGCUGCCUAAUUUUUCAGCUAUGAAACUGUAAGCAAGGUGCUGAAUCAUUUAGCCGUGCAUUGGAGUGCUCGAGCAUUUUGUUCCUUUCAUAUAUUGAGUAGCCUGUGAUUCUAGUCACAGUAGCAACCAACCUGCCUUGCGGUUCGCAUUGGUUUCGUGCGGUCCAGUGCAUUUUAAAGACGACAAAGAGGGUGAGGUGGCAGAAUGGUCAUUAAUAUCCAGUAAGGCUUGCAAAGCAAGAUGUGCUGGUUGAGACAUUAAUUGAAUGCUCACAAAGGCUAUCGCUUCCCCAUCUCUCAUCACAUAACAUGUCGUCAUAAGCUUCCCAUUGGUAGGACCCACCAUGGUGGCUUAGCUGCGAUGCUGUGCUAAGAUUGAGGAUGCAGUUUCAGCCCUGGCCACUGAAUACAAAGACGAAGACGCCGACCACAAGAGAAUAAAAAAUGUAAUAAGACAUUUCGGCACCGAGAAUGGGAGCCUUGUUCCCGUUCUGGGUGCCGAAACGUCUUAUUACAUUUUUUGUUCUCUUGUG